AGCUGAGCUGCUGCUUAUGUUUCUAAACCGUCAACGGGCUCAUAGUGAUGUUACUAGUAGUUAAGUUGUAGAUGACUGGAGGUGUUUAUUAUAAUUUGGGGAGACUCCGCUGCCUUAUGCUUACCUGCUAAACACCUUUCUGCUCACCCCACCGUGAGCACUGACUCCAUGCGCUCUGUGUGUAACCAAUCAGAUGGUUCUGUGGGUGGGACAAUGCUGGGGAAGCAGCUUUUUAAGAUAUUAGUUUAGGCGGUGGCUCUUUGUUGUUAAGGCAGCCGCCUUAACAACAAAGCGCUGCAGGAAACCCUGUAAGCUUAAUUUCUAGUAUUCUUCUUUGAAAAUAUGUACUGUAGUAAAAGUGGUGGACAGUUGUACUCACUUUGGUGAGACACUGUAUAUGUACAUAUACAUACUAGUUAUUUUCCAUAUAUUCUUUAUUCAUUCACUCUGAACAAAUGCAGGGAUUAGAGAUAGUUGAGAGGCCGCGCAUAACUCGCAGGGAUGGGUACUCCGGUUUCCUCCCACCUCCAAAGACAUGCACCUGGGGAUAGGUUGAUUGGCAACACUAAAUUGGCCCUAGUGUGUGAAUGUUGUCUGUCUAUCUGUGUUGGCCCUACGAUGAGGUGGCGACUUGUCCAGGGUGUACCCCGCCUACUGCCCGAAUGCAGCUGAGAUAGGCUCCAGCGACCCCCGACGACCCCGAAAGGGACAAGCGGUAGAAAAUGGAUGAAUGGAAUUUGCAUGAAUAGGCGUGAAAUCCAAGAGGGACCGACAUCAUGCAAAACAAGAAUUUCCCCAAUGGGAUGCUUAAGUACCAAUGUGAUCCGAGUGAGCGCCUUACUUUUAUCAAUGUUGCGCCUCGCCACGGCAAUGCUGUGCCUUCAGUGCCGCCACGUGACAUCUUCACCUUUGAACCUCAGACCGUGUGUAACACUCACCUCAGCAGAGAACCAGCAGACCGUCAAGGCUCUCUAUGAUCUCUCUGUGGACAUCCAAAAGGUCCGGAAGCUGAAAGGCUGGGUCUUGCGUCAGAGUCCGGCUUACACAGUGGAGGUUGCAGACCUGUUGAAGGCCAUUGGAGCUUCGGAGCCCAUUAUCUCCCGGAUCUUAACUGUUUACCCUGAAGCUGUGCUUUGCAAUCCAGCACAAACACUGGCACAGAAGGAUUUGUGGAUGUCAGUGUGCCCCAACCAGAAAGAACUGGUUAGUAUUAUAGAGAAAUUCCCAGCCUCCUUCUUCACAUCCUCAAGCUACCAUGGCAACCAGCGUAACAACAUUACUUACUUCCAAAACUUAAACCUCAACAAGCGAAUCAUCACCAAGCUAAUGGCCAGCGCCCCGCAGAGUUUCAUUCGUCCAGUAGAGCAGAACGAGGACAUGGUAUGCACCCUCCAGCAGACAUACCAGGAACUCGGAGGAGAAGAGGCCAACAUGAAGAUUUGGCUUCAAAAGCUGCUGACCCAGAACCCUUUUGUACUCCUCAAACCGCCUGAGGUGCUGAGGCACAACAUGUUGUUCCUCAGAGACAAAGGCUUCACCACUGCACAGCUCCUGUACCUCCUCUCCAAACUGAAAGGUUUUGUUACUGAUCUAAACCCAGACAGCAUGCGCCACACCCUGGCGUACUCCCAGGACACCUUGGGGUGCUCCGAGGCAGAACUGCGAGACAUCAUUCUCAAAUGUCCUGCAUUACUUUACUACCCAGAAGAUAUUCUGGCUGAACGCUUCCAGGGACUUUGUAACGCCGGGAUCAGCAUGUAUCAAAUCACACAAACCCCAACCGUAUUGGAACUGACAACACAAAUCGUCAAUUAUCGCAUCCAGAGGCUGAAGUUACAUGGUUAUGAUGUCCGGACAGCUAGUUUGGACGUCCUUAAUGGAACCAAGAAGGACUUUGAAACAAGCUAUGCGAAAUUACAGCUUCGCCGAGAGAGACCUAUUUUUAAUCCUGUUGCGCCUUUGAAAGGAGAUGACUGAUAUCAACUCACCAGCCACUUGAUUAGGUACCAUCUAAUGGGAGUAAAUGUAAGUGAUGAACCGUAAGUUCAGCCUUUGUAUGAAUAAUUUUGCUAAGUAUUGAGUAAUUCAACAUCCUUUUUUUUCUUAAAAAUUGUUGUCUUUUAAGGGGAAAUGCACUUUUUUGGGGUAAUUUUGUCUAUUCACAAUCAUUAUGAGAGACGCGCAGUAAGGAUAAUAAAGAGGCUUGGUUCCACCCGCCCUUUUUUCGUGAGUAUUAUGAGUCAUUCUUCAUCUAAAACAGGAAUAUAACAAGAUUGUAUCAGUCGGCAUCCUAAUAGUAAGGUCAUCUUAUGGGAUAUUUGGCAAAUCUGGGAACUAAAUCGUUACCAAGAAAUCUCUUCACCAAUGUGUUUAUAAAGGUGUCUAGUAACAUGUCCUAAAAAGUUGAAAUUCAACUCCUGGUGAAAAGUUCGUAAAAAACUGCACAAAGUCGGGUACCAUUAACCGCUUUUCGAAAAUUCGAAAAUGCUUAAUUUGGCCUUAAGUAACUUGUGAGGGGUCAAACUAGGGGUUCUUCAAUAUUGUGAGUUCAUUGCAAGUAUUUAUUUUUCACCAAGACCACUUCCUGGUGGAAAAAUGGCCACAUCUCCUUUCAUCCCGACAAUGCCCCCUACUCACACAUACCAAGCAGGGUAUAUGUAAAAAAAUAAUAAUAAUAAAAUAAAAAAGAUAAUAGUGUAUUCUUUAAUGUUUGACAUGAUGAAUGGGCCAAGUCAGUGUUUAGUGAUGGUUGCUGUAGUUGAUUGGCAUUUCAAUGUGAGGACGUUAUGAGUUUAACAUUAGCAGCAAACAUGCUGGAUCCAUUUGCAUCCCUUUUCUUUGUUGAACAUGGGUGGACACAAUAUACUGCUUUUAAUGUCAGCUACGUAAGUAUUAUUGAAAUCUUUUUCUAUCAAUUUGAAAUGUUUCACUUCACUGCAUUGAUUAUAAGGUUAGAACUAAAUGUUGUCAUUACUAGUAUUAAGAAUUCCCUAAGCUCUAUAUUUAACAAUUCUGUUUUAAUCUGCUUUUUUCUAAGAAAGAGUGUCCCUUUGAUUUCUAAACUGAUGUGUUUUGAGGGCACAGUAGUUGAUUGGAUCCAUUGGUAACAUCAUGGAGGAUUCUGGACUACUAGAGCUGAUCCAGCUGAUUUAUCCGGGGAGUACGACAGCUAGCCACAUCCUGGAUGGAGGGUGUUUUGACAAGGCAAUCCGCACUCACCUCCUCAUUAGUGCAGCCAUGUAUUAGCACAUCAUGAAACAUGCCUUCACCGAGGAGGAGCUUGUUGGAAUGAGGACCUUUAUGGAGAUGGUAGCUGAUGGGAAGAUGGGAGCCAAUCACACAGAUCCAGUGGUGGUACUGUUUGAGCAGAGAUUUGAAGAAACCUUCAAAAGACUCGCCAAAGGGGUACGAACACCUGCACUCUGGAUGCAGUACCACCACAUGGUAAAUGUUAUUAAGAUGUUCAUCCGAACUGAGCGGCUUGCAGACCACGAUGGGCACCUGUCCUGCAUUGUUACCUGGAUGCUGGACAUCUUGCAGCUGCAGGCCAUCAUCAGUAUGCCAAAGGUGCACUGUUGUACUGUCAACUGAUGAAGGAACUGGAAACUUUGCCUGGUUACAAAGAGACCAUCGAACUUUUCACUGCCCAUGGGAACCAUGUUGUCCGGUAUUCCAGCCACGAUUGGUCUGGCACCUGGUGUGACAUCUGCAUUGAGCAGACGUUAAUGAAGGUGGACUGAGCAGAGGGAGGAUGAGAAGCAGUGAUGCUGGCCACAAGUGCUGGGUGCUCACCCUCAGCCACUUCUCUAAUAUCAACAAGCAUAUGGAGGAAGGUGUAAACCAACAUGCUCCACUCCACAGAGACCUUGGGAAAACCCAGAUGAAGCGUGAUGCACAGGCAGUUAAACUUGCCCUCCAGUGGUUCGAGGAGAACAACCCGUUCGACCACGGACGCAACAAAGAGAUGCUUGUAUCUUUCUCUACAGGAUUCACAAGCACAGGAGAUGACCCAGUCAAUGCUGAGAGAGCAGCUGAAGUAGGGAGAGAGAUGCAGAAAAAGCUGGAUGGACAGUCAGCGACAUCAACCAUGGAGGUGAAGUCAAAGGUGCAAGCCCUCUCAUCUCUGAGAUCAUAGAUUUGGGUCAAAAUGAAUGAUCAACAAGUUGCACCGGCUGGGAUACACUGAGUCUUAUUCAGAGACAAAACUACAAAUACUGCUACCUUAAUGACAGGAACGGAGAUGGCAUAUGGACAUCUUUCUGGACAUACGCGCUACCAAGGAUGCAGUGAUUCAGGCUGGUACUGCGAUCUUCCACUACAUCUACCAUGGACCAGGUACUACUCUGGGUGAAGUUCGAUACAACAUCUUCUCACGUAAGGCAGCGGCUGGGCUGAUCAAACCGGAGACUCUACCUCCAACAGAGGGUGCAGCAGCACAGCAUUCGCUCCGUGCCUACCUACAGACUCGAGACUGGCUCCUUCUACUGAGCAUGUCUCUGGACCCCAGUGACUAUGGAUGGACAAUAGGUGUUCAUGGUUAUGAGCCAGUUCCAACUCUAGACCCCAUGGCUCCUGAAGAGCUACUCCAGUUCACAAGCUGCAAUUGCCAUGGAGAUUGCAGAAGCCGGCAAUGCAGCUGCAAAAAGAAUAGCGUCAAGUGCAUCUCAGCUUGUGGAGUCUUGUCAAGGCAUUACCUGCAAGAAUGCUAUUCAUGAUGAUGGCAUUUAUGAUGAAUACUCAGAGGCAGACAUUGACUCAUAAAGCAUUCCACAAGGGGGAUCACUGUUUGCUCUGACUAAUGUGAAACAAAUUGUAAUAAAUGCAACUUUAUUUAAAUGCAAAAAAGGGUGUGACAGUUUUUCCACUAAGGAAUAGUUGUAGUGAAAAACAAAUGCUAUAAAUGAACUCAGGAU